ACAGUAGUAGACCGUGGACACAUUUAUUAGUAUUUAAUUAAAUAUUUUUUACGUUGUGUGGUUUCUAGUGGACACAAACGUGCUAACUAAAACGUAGGAGUCGUGAACUGACGAAAUGCUCAGGGAACAUUUGCAGAUCCCCCAUUGCAGAGGCCGUCUUCAGGAAGAUGGCAACUGAUGCAGGUGUCGGCGACAAGUGGCUCAUAGACAGUGGCGCCACAUCCGACUGGAAUAUAGGCUGCUCGCCAGAUGGCCGUGGGCUGGCCUGCCUAAAAGGGCAUGGCAUUGAGACCAGUCAUAGGGCUCGACAGGUGACCAAGGACGAUUUCAUGAACUUUGAAUUCAUUCUCUGCAUGGACGAGAGCAACUUGAGCGACUUGAAACGGAAAGCAAACUUGGUGAAAAAUCACAAAGCUAAAAUUGAACUCCUUGGUUCAUAUGACCCGCAAAAGCAGCUGAUCAUCAAAGAUCCAUAUUAUGGAAGUGAUGCAGACUUUGAAAAGGUGUACGAGCAGUGCCAACGAUGCUGCAAAACAUUUCUGGAGGUGAACUCCUAAUGUUGUAAUAAUUGGCUGUCACGGUCACGUGCUUUGGCCAUGUCACACAAACACGCCAUCACCGUAACUCUGUAACUAACUGUGGUCAGUGUCACGAAUGGACCACCACCACACUUUUUUUUGUUGUUGUUGUCGAACUUCAUACCGCAUUGUUUACUAGAGGAGCAAUCCACGUGUUGAAAUAAAACAAUACAACUCACUCAGGUCAUCUCUGUUUUUGUGGAAGCAGUGAAUGAGUCCAGUACAUUUAUUCAACCCUGAGGUCAACGUCAGUGUUUGUUUACUUUUCGCAACUUGAUUCAAACACGAUAAUUACUGGAGGAGGGGGGGCAUUUUCUGAUUAUUCAGCUCUGUCACAUCAAUUAUCCAUCCAUCCAUCAAUCAAUCAAACAAUCAGCUAGUGUUUAGAGUCUAUAGCACAAACUUAGCAGUCUUGCCUAGUCCAUUUACUAAGAACUACAGUAAUCCCUUGUUUAUCGCGGUUAAUUGUUUCCAGACUAUUCCACGAUUAAGUGAAUUUCCACAAAGUAGGAUUCCUUCAUCUUGAAUAUUUUUGUACUUACGGUAUAGAAAACCUGAAAAAUGUAUUGAAUAAAUAAGAUGUUUGAGAAGUUAACACUAAAAAAUGUCUUCAGUUUGCGUCGUCACUUGUCUUUGAAGGGUGAUGGUGGUUCCUGCAGCCAAACCAGUUGUGAACCACUGGUCUAAAGAAGUGGAGAAGGAAGGAUGGGUCACUGAAAGCAGCAUAAUGCGUUAUGCUUCGUCAUUGUUAUACACUUGUAAAAAGAAGUAUGCCAUUUGUUUGCUCACAUGUGGUGACAGAGUACAAAGGGCCUGCUAGACAUUUGCUGUUUUUAUUUUUGUUUCUUUAACCACAAUGUACUGAGCAGCCAGCAGCAAGAUGUGUGUCGCAUUUGCGGUUCUAUGAUUAUUAAUCACACUUUUCUACUUUGAUAUUAAUAGUACCAUUUAAAAAAAAAAAAAAAAAAAAGGCUGUAUGUUUGACAUACGACCUUGACUUCAGUUCACAGUUCUCUAAAGAUCUUAGAAGUAUGCAUGGGUGGGAAAAAUACAUAACCCCUUGUUUCAAUGCUUUUCCUAUCAGUCGUCGUCGGAAGAUGAUUGUGUCGCUUAUGUUAAAACAAAACAAAAAAAAAAAAAAACAUACAGUGACAUUCCUUGGUCUUACCACAACUUAAUUGUCUUGAUGAUCCAUCCCAGAUGCAUCCGAGCCCAACUCAGUGGCGGAGCCAGAAAUAUUUCUUUGGGGUGGCCAAGGUGAGACCAUUACUCAGAUAGGGGUCGCAAUAAGUUGAUACCUGACUAGCCACGGCCACCCCACUGGCCACCCUGUAGCUCUUCCACUGCUUUUGGACCGUCUAUUAGAGCAAUUAAUAGCUGAGCAGUGUGCCCGAGGACAUGUUUUCAAUGCAUAGUUUCUGGAUUCUGCUCACCAUCAUGGCAGCCAAACCCGCGCAAGAUCAGCACUCUAGUUUUAACUCUAGACUCUGUGGUUUACAUGCUCGCUCAUGCUGCUACAGAGAGCUUCCGGAACGGACCAAAGUAAUCAUGGAAAACUAACCUACCGCUUGCAGUUCAUGCAAGACGCGGUUUUGACAGAUCCUCCACAAAAUAGGCAGCUCUCUUCUGCUCUCCCACGGAAAGUUGUGUGCUGCAGUGAAAUGCAUCCGAGCAGAAAUGGCGGUUAGGCUAAACUAAUGUUCUGCACCACAGAGCCGCGUUUGUCAAAAUUGUGGGGUGGCCGUAACCACCCUUAGGCACUCUCAGGCCACCCCAGUAGCUCCGCCACUGGCCCAAUUAGGUUGCAGUACUUCUAGGUACAGUUAACGCAAGGCUUCCUGUUGAGAGUGCGUUUUUGCGAGAACAGGCACAUCCAAUCUGUAUUGUAUUGUGCGUCUUUGUCCAGUUAUCUUUUUUUUAUUGAUUAAAUUGUCUUAAGUCAUAUUAACCUUAAUUCAUUUCGUCCUUAAAAGUCCUUUAUGAAAAAUGCUGCAAGGGCUGCAAAUCAUUAGACAAGGGUGUAGCCAAAGUUUACAACAACCAACUGGUCGCUGGAGGGCUGCCAGUUUUAUAUCAGGGCGGCGUCCAUCUCUGCUCUUCACUACUGAUGAUAGUGAAGAUUGAUUUAAUUAAUUUUUCAAGUAAAUGUAAAAUACCAAAUAUUUUGACUGGGAGAGUGUUCGGGGGCAGGUCAAAGAUUAGAGGUUAUUAGAGAUGCUAGAAAAAUAACAUUCAAGGAGUUAUUUCAAAUAACUCAAAAGAUGUGGGGUUUUUUUCUAUGAAAGAGUAAAAAUGAAUACAGUAAUGUAAAAAUUGUAAGAAAGGGGUCGUAAUGCUGCUAGAAUAAGUCAUUACGUUACGAGAAAGUGUUGCUUUUACAUUUUAUAGGAGUUAAUUUCUUACUUGUGUGUAACAGCUAAGAAUGUUGGAAAAUGAGACAGCAUUUAUUACGCCCUCAUUCAUCAAUAAGCUAAAGAAAUUGGUUUUAUUUACUACAGUGAUGUGCGGUGAGGUUUACAGUAUGUCUUAGGGUGAUUUUUUUGUGGUAAUACAGGUUGCUCAAGAGCAUAACAAGAAAAAGAUGAGAAUCGUUCACUUUUGUUGAACAUUUUGUUUUCAGAUACUUUGUAGUCCCAUUUAUUUGUUUUAUUAGCUGAAAAACGUGUGGUUUUACCUUUUGUAUAUGAAGUACAUGCACCCUACCCUUCUCUUGGAAGAGCUGUGAUGUUUUUUGUAAGUCUGCUCACCUUCUGGUGAGCUUAUAUAAUCCAUAUAAUAUAUAUGUAAUCUUAGCAGUCGAAUUCAUUCAGCUCAACAUAAAAAUAUCUUUAAUGCAUUUGACUAGCUGCUCUCCAGCUGGUGCUGCUGCUGUCCAAAAAAAAGAUUGCUUCUGCUCUGUAUGGAAGAAUGGCUGUGACAAGCACCUUCCAACUCACGUAUGCCCUCACCUCUUCAGGAUGAGAAGAGUACUGUAAGCGCCGUCCAUAUGACGUUUCUCUGUAUUUCAUUGUCCGAUUAGCAAGAAUGAUGAAUGUCACGCUUACAUUA